ACAAUUCACCACCUUUUCUCAAAAUCAAAACAAAGUAUAUCGUGCUGUCUAUAACUAGUUUAGUGUCGAGGUAAAUACUUAAUGAAGCUUCUACAGUAUUUCCAACAAAUUUUAUUUGUACUUUAUAUUUGACUGACCAGGUCUUCUCCUGCACGCAUGCAUUAGAUGAACCUUUUGCAGGCUAGGGGGUAUGUUUUAUAGAAAUCAAAAUGUCUGGUCUUGUGGUUCUCGUCGUAUCGUCUUUCCUGUUGGGAUUUGCCAGAUGUCAGUGUCCUAGCCCAUGGGAGUUUAACCCCCUGUAUCCGGGUUACUGCUAUUAUUACAACUUCUUUCCAGUGAGUUGGAGUUUCGCUAACCAAAUUUGUCAGUUUCUGGAAGGAGGUGAUUUGGUGUCCAUUGAUGACAGCCAGGAAGGAAUGGCGAUAUAUGAAUACUGGGGAACGAUUACGACUAAUCCAUCUCUGGGUUACUGGAUCGGAUUGACGGAUAUCCAUGGAACCGGUUUGGGAAGAACCAAAUGGACCGACUGGACGAGCAUCAAAGGGAGGACAAACUGGCAAGGAGGUGUUUGGCCAAACGAUACCAAUGAAAACUGUGUCUAUGUCACCAAUGAGGGCGCUAGUGAUGACGAACGCCGACAAUGGAAAGCGGCAUCGUGCGAAAGUGUUCUGAAACCGGCAAUUUGUGAAAGAAAAUUGAUUAUAAAUUAAAUAAUAAUAAUAAUACAUGAGAUCUGUAUAACGUACUUUCCAUCUUGAUUAGAUGAUCAUGGCGCUUCGGAGCAGAACAACAGCAAAAGCUAUCUACAUAAUACAUGUCUAAACAAUGUCUAUCAAAAAGCACUGAGAUAUGUUUUCAGUUUGCCCUUGAAGGUGGUCACUGAAGUAUGGGUUUUCAAACUCUGUGGAAGUUAAUUCCACAGGUUAGGCCCUGCAUGAGCAAAGACCCGUUCCCCGCAUGAUUUCUUAGCAACUGGAAUUCGAAAGAGAUUAGAAGUUGAGGAUCGUAAGGUUCUUGAGGGUUGGUAAUUACGCAUCAAAGAUAAUGAAGCUAUGCGGAUAUCCGCUUCUUCUUAGUUUUGUUUUGUUGUGUACAGCCUAAUGACUUCAUACCGAUGUUUGUUGUAGUUUGCAGGGGAGAUUGCGUACAGGUGCCAAUGCUCUUGAAAUACAAAUCAUGUAAACGUAAAAUGGGAAGGAGGGGGGGGGGGGGGUCUGGGAUGAAUCUGGGUCGGCUGGCCUAUGUUCGAUUUGGAAACCUUUGAAGACAAUACAAAGGUGAACAACCUACAAACACCUUCAGUGACAUCGUAGCCAAUACUCACAAACAUGAAAAAUAGCAUCCUUGGAUCUGAUGAUGCGGCCUGUUGUUGAUGAUUUGGUUAUUCAUUUACAUUUUAUAUUUUUAACUUUUUUGGUUUACCUCUUGACAAUGCAUCUUAUCACUUUGGAUGUAAGCUUCGUGGUAAAUAUUAUCUACAAAAGAGUCUUGGGUAUACGUAAUUAUGUAUCGUGUAUAUGGAUAUCUUUUUCGCCAAUAACAAACAAAAUAGUCAAACUGAUGAUAUGGAAUAUUUAAAAGUGAUUUACU